AUGUCAGUGGAGCCGGCAUUGAAAAAGGUGCGUACAGUACCUAAAUCCCCCUUGUGCACUGUUUCAUUUACUAGCAAAGAUUUAGAAGGCAUACAGCACCCACAUACUGAUGCAUUGAUUAUAACUAUUGGGAUUGGGAAACGAUUUGAUGUAAAACGAGUCCUAGUAGAUCAGGGCAGUGCGGCAGACAUACUGUAUUAUGAUUUGUUCAGAAAGCUCGGCUUCUCCGAGCAGCAUCUCACCCCAGCGGCAGCCCUAUUGGUCGGUUUCAAUUCACAGCCGGAAUGGCCGCUCGGCAGAAUAGUAUUGCCAGUUGUAGCGGGGACAAAAAACCUCCAGAUAGAGUUCUUGGUUAUUAAUACACCAUCCCCUUAUAACGCCAUACUUGGCCUUCCGUGGAUUCAUCGAAUGGAAGUAGUCCCUUCAACCUAUCACCAGUUCAUCCGUUUCCCAACGGAACACGGAGUAGAGCAGAUCUCAGAGGAUCAAGUUGUGUCCAAACAUUGUUUCAUGGCAGCAUUAAAGGCAAAGCAACUCUGCAAUCGGGUAUAG